CAAAAAAAAUGCAAAUGUGAGACGACUGCAGGCAAACAGUGUCAUUUCAGUGAGAGACGGUGAGGGACAGUUUGUUUUUUGUUUAACGUGUCGUUAACGGCAGAGACACAAUGAUUAACUACCACACGAUGAGUCAACAUAGCUGUUAGCCGUUUAUGUUCGACCUCACCGGCUGUCAAAAAGCUGGCUAGCGGGGGUUGAUCUCACGGCGGUUACACAGUGCGGGAAAUUAACGUUAACUCAACCGCCCCUUUGCUCAACGGAUUUUUACAACGGCCGUUUUUUUGGCUGGUUUUUACCCACAGUCAUGUGAUUGUAACGUAAAACCCCUAACCGGAAAACACCGACGGACGACCCUCUCCGCCGCCAACGAAUGCAGCGUUUGCAAGGAACAGUACAAGCUGCUGCGAGCCCAGAGAGGACGGACGAGUCCCCGGUAACAAACAAACAACGGCGACACGGCAAACUCCACGGAAUUAAGCGGAGUGCAGGUUGAAGAAUGGAGUUGGCCAACCAUGGUCUUAUCCUGCUGCAGCAGCUUAACGCUCAGAGGGAGUUUGGCUUCCUGUGCGACUGCACUGUGGCUAUAGGAGAUGUCUUCUUCAAAGCCCACAAAGCCGUCCUCGCUGCCUUCUCCAACUACUUCCGAAUGCUCUUCAUUCACCAGGACAGUGACUGUGUGCGCCUGAAGGCUGCUGACAUACAGCCAGACAUCUUCAGCUACCUCCUCAACCUGAUGUACACAGGCAAGCUUGCACCCCAGCUGAUAGACCCUGCACGGCUGGAGCAGGGGGUCAGAUUCCUGCAUGCCUAUCCACUCUUGCAGGAGGCCAGCCAGUCUGUGUAUUCACACCCUGAGCACAGCAUCAACCUCUCCACCUCCCUCUAUGGCAUCCAGAUCUCCGACCAACAGGUUGCGCUGUCAGCCCGACUGCCAACUCGACGGCAGCUCUCCUCGCCCUUUGAUGUCGAGCAGCUCGUCUCAGAGGGGAAGUAUCCAUCCACACCAGCUGUCACAGCUUCAUACGCAAACUCCUUACCGUCCAAGUUAGCUUCCUCACCCCCAGACACGGAGGCCUCAACAAGUGGCACCAAGCCUACAUCUGAGGAGGGGGUAACCGACUUGCUAAGUGCAGGCGGUUCCUCAGCCAGUGCCAUCCUCCAUGUAAAGCCCAGCAUCAUGAAGAGGAGUUCCUCCUUUAGGAAGCAUUACUCGUGUCAUCUGUGCAGGAGCCGAUUCAACCAGAGAUGCCUGCUGAGAGAGCACCUCCUGCAGCACACCCAGGGUCUUCAGCAGCCCCCAACUGAGCCCAGUAAUGCACUCUCACCGGUCAUGGCUGGAGAACAGAGUGUGCUAGAGCUAGAGGGGGUCCUGAAGGGAAUCAAGCAAGGGUCAAUUGCCCCGGCUGCAACUACAGCAGUCGAGAUAAUCAGUGACAGCGAGCAAACACCUGUUUCAGGUACCAACUCGGACUCUCCCCGAGCAGAGGUGUCCACAUCCAGCUGGGGAUUGGGGGGGUUAAAUUCUCAGGCAGACACACCACCUCCGUCAGACAUUGCGGACAUCGACAACCUGGAGAGUGCCGACUUGGACCGGGAAGUGAAGCGGCGGAAGUAUGAGUGCUCCACCUGUGGGCGCAAGUUCAUUCAGAAGAGCCACUGGCGUGAACACAUGUACAUCCACACAGGAAAGCCCUUCAAAUGCAGUGCUUGUGGCAAGAGCUUCUGCCGGGCCAACCAGGCGGCCCGCCACGUGUGCCUGAACCAGGGAGCCGACACCUACACCAUGGUGGAUCGACAGAGCAUGGAGCUGUGCACUGCAGGCGACGACAACAGCCAGAUGGAGGCGAUGUUCUUGGGCUCGUCAAAGCCUUAUAAGUGUAACAUUUGUGCAACCACCUUCUCCAGUCCCAAUGAGGUGAUCAAACACCUGUGCUUCACCCAAGGGGGGUUAGUGGGACUGCAGGGAAACACAGGGGCAGGGAUCCUGCUCCAGCGUGAAGAGUUUUCCAAAGAUGAAGGCUCUGAUUUGUCCAACUCUGGCACCCCACUAGAACCCAUAAAGACUGAGGAGAUCCUCGUGGAGUAAUGCCAAAACUGUGUCCUUUUUAACAUGUAUGUUUAUUUUCUAAAUUAUGGUUAAUACGUAAGCUAAAGUUAGUCAGGGUAUGUAUGUUGGAGGUUCUCAAUCUACUUAAAUUUUUUUUUUUUUUUUAACCCUGUGACAAAAAGCAAAUAGCCUAUAGCUCUCAGGAGUCCAAACCAACAUCAUUAGAAAAGCAAAUAAAAUUAACAUUUGGCUCAAGGAUAAGUUAAAUACCAAUGAGGGAGAGGAAGUGACUAUUAGCUUGUUUCAUCUCAUCAUUUUACUAUUGGCGUACAUCGGUUUUAGAUUCUCGCGUCAGUCUGUACCAUAUUGUUUUUUCUUAAGCACCACCAUUGUGGUGAGGCUGCACAGGCAAACUUUCAGUGUAAAAAGGAAGAGGAAGCUGAGAUUUCCGGAGGGCACAGCAUGUUGUGAGAUGAGUUGGCUGUGCUCGAUCUGAGGAGGAGAAAGAAGUGGUAACUACUAACAAUCUGUUUGUACAUGGUCAUAAACAAGGGGCUGAUUCUGCAGAUCAGGUACAGAUUAUAAUUCCAGCUAAAAGCACACAGAAUAUUCAGACCUGAGACAAUCUGUGCUCUUUUAUUUUUGAGCUGACACCCGAUAUGCAGGAAAGUACAUUUGUCUUCCAUUUAUGUUUUGGCUCAGCAGAAUCUUGAAAUGUAAUGUUAUGACUGUUAAUUGCUCCCUUCUCUGCAACCAUAUAGAUGUUUAUUCUGUAUUUUGUUGAAGUGUGGUUAUGGUCUUUGUCUGAUUGCAGCAUAUAAAAGCACAAUUGCUAGACAUAAUAAGAGUUAGACCAAAAACUGGUCACAUCACAAGCAAGAGCCGUCAUUGUGUUUACAGUUGUGCCACUUUGAUUAUUUUUUUAAUUUCUCAUUUUUACCUGUUAUGUUGUAUAACUCUUUGGUUACUGACUGAAGAAACAAUAUGUCCCAUCCAGACACACAUACCUUCAUUGGAGGCUGUCCUGUACAAUAUUGUACAUCUCGUCUAUGUUAUAAGUUGCUUGAAUCUACUCCUAAAAGCCCUUAAAUUUAGUUCGACAUGCUUUUCUAAUUUUAUAUACAGUGCUAUAUUUACAAAGGAUACAUUAUAUUGCAAAGGUGUAUGUAUAUUAGUAGAUGAAUAGCUUUCAAAAUAGAAAUACAUUUGGUUUAACAAAAGUUUAUGUAUUAGGGAUGGGCAUGAUGAAUUUAUUUUUAAUCUCUUCAAGAUGUUAGGUAAAAUCUGAGCUUGAUUAUCAUUGUAUGAGCUUUUAAAAAUAUGUUAUAAUUAAAAUUAUUCACGAUUUUACAUCCCCUUUGCCAUUGCCAAGCUUAUACUAAUUGCUAACCUGACUCAUUUUGUGCAAAGGGAAACAUUUUCUCUGUAUUGUAGAUUAAUAAUAUUGUAGACCUUCUGACAUUUAUAUUUGUUGUAUAAGUUUGUUCAAAUCAGAAAAUUUAAGUAGUGGUUGCAAAAGUAGUCAUUUAUUUAAAAAAAACAAAAAAACAAAAACAAAAAAUGUGUGGGUGAAAAUAUGCAGAUGAACAUGAUGAAACGUGUAUGAUGUAGCGGUUUAGAGCAGUAGAGUUUGACUGUUUGACUCAGGCAAGUGUGACAUUGUGACAGAGAGAGUUGCCUUUAAAAAGAUGUUUGCAAGAAAUAUAAUACCGGUGAUAUCUCUGUAUAGCAGACUGUCUGGACAAACGUUGUAUGGAAAUAUAACAGAAAAGGUGCCAUUUAUUAUAACUUAACAGCAACAUCAAUUCUUUGGGAUAACGAGCAUUUUCUGUGUACUACUGAUGACUGCAAGUUGUGAAAAAUAUUUACGUACAUGUCCAAUAAAUGUGAAGCAAGCAAAGUGAGAAGGCAGUUAUAUAAUUUAUCAUGUCAGAACAUGUCAAGUGUGAUAAUUCAGCUCCAGUAGUAUAAUUUUAACAGUAGCAGUGAGCAUCUGCUUUGAUUUCUCUGUUGCAAACCUGUGAUUUAACUGAACCUAGAAGGAUAACUUGACAUAUAGGAAUUUGGUGGGUUUUUUUUCUUGUACUUUCAUAUUUCAUGAUUCACAGUUCACUGGAGAGAGGCCUGUAAAAUUGUCUCAGUAUGAUUAUUGUUUCCUCCUGUAAGAAAUGGAUUCUAUACUAUUGUUAUUAACUACUACAAAAUUGCCUAUUUUUUUUGCUGCAAAUGCUAUAAAAUAAGCUUGUACGCAAAUAAGUUUGGGAUGUUGCGAAUUUAUCCAAUCCAUGAGGUUACAAAAACAUGUCUUCCAAUACUUCUGCAAGGCAUCAAGUCUAAUAAUGUUAGUAUCCUGUUAUCCUACUGGCUGUGAUCAUCCUUGAGACCAGUUUAACAAUUCACAAGAUUUAAUGAUAUAAUUUGGAACAUAACUUACCAGAGCUCAUUAAUGUUUUUUUUUUUUUUUUAAAUAUAGUCUUUGUUUAUUGUUAAUUGACCUAUUUCCAUCUGUUUUAGUGUUUUAAUAAUUUUCUGAAAAAAUGCCCAUCCCUAGUAUGUUUAAUAUGUGUUGUUUUCUGUCUUUAUUUUGAGUCAUUUUCACCCAGGCAGACUUUUCAUCUUCAAGUCGUUUUUGUGACAGUGAGGAUGAGGCCCAGCUGAAAUAAGUUUUAAGUGGGAUUUUUUUAUUUUUUCUUACUACUUUAAAUCCUACUAUGAUAAGAAUCGGUAAGCAGAUGUUGCUUUGAUGCAGUGAGCCCAGUGCUUGGCUAGAUGGAGCUGUUUUUCUUUACUGUCUACUCAGGUCCAAAGUGAAGGGGAAAUCUAUCAAAUUUGAACAGUGAUAUCUUUAUUAAUGUGGCUGUGUCGUUGCCAAUUAUAACCUUUUGAAUAUAAAUCAAUAUUCUGUCAUAUUUUAGUUCACAUAAAAACACAAAUGUCUGUGAAUUAAUUCAAUGUUACAAGUGUUUCGUAUUGACUAACCGGGAAGGAUUCUUGUUUGUGUCUUGUCUUGGCAAUUGAAAUGCUCUACUACUGACAUUCAUUUCUCAGAGCUAAAGUGAUACACAGAAAUAUGUGCUUUAUGAAAAGUUACAGUUGUAGUUGUUGUCCUGCAAGACCGGUCUUGUAACCUAAGGUUUGUCUAUGUGUGUGUGUUUAAACAUCUCAGUAUCUCAGGAAGAUGAGAAGUUUGACAUUGUCUUUUCUGUCCACUGUUAUUAAACAAAAUGAUCAUUUCCACAUUUGUGAGGACCCCCACCCAUGAUACUUGAGCGCACACAAAAUUACCCCACUCUCCAGUGCCCAUCUGACAUCUACUGUGACCAGUCUGUGUUCUCAGGAAUGUGAGUAAUUUUCUGUAUAGACAUAUACUUUUUUUUUUUUGGUUGUUUUUUUUUCAGUGAAGAAUGAACAAUAAAAACAUGUCUUU